AUGCAACAGCAACAACAACAACAACAGCAACAAGCUCGACAAUAUAUAGGAUACCAACAACAACAACAACAACAACAUUCACAUUUACAACAACCACAACAUAUACAACUGAAACAGUAUCAUCAAUCAGAUUUAAACGAUGGAUCAGAUAUAUUACUGGGCAACAAUAACAUCAACAACAAUAUAGGAAGCAAUGAUUUGGAUGGUAGACUAUCAUUUUUGGAUGGUGUCAACAGCAGCAAAUAUGGCCUGCAUCAGAGUGGAGGCAAUAUCAUCAAUAACAAUAACAGCAGCAACACAGGUGGAAUGAGCAGUCUGAUCGGUGGCAUCAACGGAAUCAGCAUUGGCUCAGACCCCUACUCACAGUACCCCACUAGCGCAUUCGCCUCGCUCAACACGAGUGGCGGCAUUGGCAGCAGCAGUGGCGGAGGUAGCGUUGUAGGCAGUAAUAAUAACAGUGGUAGUGGCGGUAUCAACACUAGUGGUGGCAUCACUGGUGGCAGUAUAAAGUUAAAUGGCAGUGUAAAUGGAUUGAAUGGCAACAACAACAACAACGGCAAUGUAAAUAGUAUCAGUAAUAGUAGUUUAAAUAGGAGCAGCUCAUUGCCACAGACCACACCGAAUGGCACCUUGCAGCAGUCCCCAUCACUGGGCUUGGGGCGUCCCAUGUCACCCUCGACCCUCAGUCAGCUGUUCUCCGGUUCAUCCAUCGGCGCCCCCAACCCCUAUGUACAUCAAUUGCCAUCAGUGGACUUUAAGGAGAUGUUUGGCUUUGAAUAUGGCAUGCCAACAUAUCCUCCCCAGUUCUUUACACAGCAGCAACAGCAACAACAGCAGCAACAGCAGCAGCCUCAGUUGUCGCAGCAACUCUCACCAGCACAGCUGCAGCAAAUCCAAUAUCAACUGCUCCAACAGCAGCAGAUGUUGCAGCAACAGCAGCAACAGAUACAGCAGCAGCAGCAGAUACAACAGCAGCAGCAGUUGUCCAUGUCACAAACACUUCGAACCACUCCAAACUUGUCUGGAAUCUCUCAUCAACAACAACAACAGCAUCACAUGUCACUCAAGCCAUCUCUAUCGAGUGAGUUGCUGAACCCACCAACCAUUCAACCUGUUCCUGUUUCACCGCUGCUCAACACAUCCAACAACAAUACACCAAUGCACCAACAGUCCAACAUCAAUAGGCAACAACAACAACAGCCACAAGUACAACAACAUCAACAACAGUCACAAACACAACAACAACAACCACAACAACAACAACAACAACAACAUAGCCAACAGCAACAACAACAAAUGAUGAUUCCACAAAUACCUCAGCCAGUACCAGACAUUCCUCUGGAUGACUCUAACUUCCCUGCGUUGAAUGCCAAAGACAUAAAGAAGAACAUUGACAAACAUCAGCAACAACAGCAGCAACAACAACAGCAGCAGCAACAGAAUCCGCUGUCAGCCUCACAGGAGAAGCUUCGUGAGGAGAAGUUGAGAAAGAAGAAGGAGUCUUUGGCCAAGGCAGCCGAGACUGCACCCGGUGCCGACAAGGUCAAGUUGUCGUGGUUUGAGUUCCAGAGCCUCAGCUCCAAUGGCCAAGAGACCGUGGCCGAAGCCAACUCGGACGAGCAGCCCAGCCGCAUCCUCUGGGUGGGCAACAUUGGUAUGGACGUCUCUGAGUCCGACCUCAAGUCAGAGUUUAGCAACUAUGGCGAGCUCGAGUCGGUGCGCAUACUCCACGAUCGCUUCUGCGCCUUUGUCAACUUCAAGGACGUCAACAACGCCAUCAAUGCCAAGCGCAACAUGCACAACCAGGUGCUGGGCAGCCAGUUCAUCGUGGUCAACUAUCGACAGGCCAAGUCGGACGAUCCGUUCGUCGUGGGCGGCACGCUGAUCACCACGCCCGAGACGCUCAACCAACUGUCUCGCGCCAUCUACAUUGGCAACGUCAGUGACAGUCUCUCAGAGAAGGAGAUCAGGCGCGAGUGCGAGAGGUACGGCGAGAUCGAGUCGGUUCGCGUGCUCCGCAAGAAGGCUUGUGCCUUUGUCAACUUUAUGAACAUACCCGAUGCCACUGUGGCACUUCAGUCGCUCAAUGGCAAGAGGCUUGGCGACACCAUCGUGCGAGUCAACUAUGGCAAGCCACAACCACCCUUCAACGAGAAGUCAGAUCAUGGCAACAAAUAA